CAACGGAUUUCUAUUUUCAAUCACGAUCGAUAUAGUUGCUUGGUGAGCGACUUCUUAUCAUUCAUGUUAAUAGUAUUUGGCGUUUCAAUUCGACAUACAUAAAGAAUUAAAACAAGAGAAUAUAUAAUGGAGGCACCGAUGGUAUCCAUUGAACGGAGUUCAUCGAUUGAAAGGGAACCCAGAACUCUCAGCAUCGACCAACUUGAAUCCGCAAGGAAUUUAGCGAUGUACAUAUUGAAUACAAAGCCUAUAGAAGAAGCUUCCAGAAUUUUCACAGAGGGUCUACAGCCGGUGGUUAGUGCAGCUUGCCGUAUGGGAUAUACGGGGAUGGAUAUGGAUCCUGCCCAAGAAUUGCAAAAUAUGAGAGAUGAUGACCCUGCUGCACAUGAUGCUUUCAGGGACAUAGCAUCUGCACCUUUCUAGAACGUAUAUCAAAUAACAAUAUGACUCUCUUCAGUUACGUAUUGUUGCUGCUGAUGAGAGAUCUUCAAUGUAGUCUUUGUAAAUAUUUGUCAACAUGGGAUGAAAUUUUGGGUUUUGGUCUUCUAUAAUUUUUAUGGUGUCGCUGGAUUAUUCGUUGUUUUUUCACGGAUGCUUUCAAUUUUAUUUUAUUUUAUUUUAUUUCAAAAAUUUGAUGAGAAUAGUGUUGGUUUUGUAACAAUUAAAUCAUGAU